GUCCCCGCCUCCUCGACCGCCGCCUCCACGGGGCGGGGCCCUGGCCCGGGACCAGCUGCUCCGCUAUAAAGGGGCUGCGGCGAGGCCGGCAGAACGCUGUGACAGCCACACACCCCACGGCCUCCAAGAUGAGCUACACGCUGGACUCGCUGGGCAACCCGUCCGCCUACCGGCGGGUCACCGAAACCCGCUCCAGUUUCAGCCGCGUGAGCGGGUCCCCGUCCAGCGGCUUCCGCUCGCAGUCCUGGUCCCGCGGCUCACCCAGCACCGCGUCCUCCUCCUACAAGCGCAGCGCGCUCGCCCCGCGCCUCGCCUAUAGCUCGGCCAUGCUCAGCUCAGCCGAGAGCAGCCUCGACUUCAGCCAGUCCUCCUCGCUGCUCAACGGCGGCUCCGGCGGCGACUACAAGCUGUCCCGUUCCAACGAGAAAGAGCAACUGCAGGGGCUGAACGACCGCUUCGCCGGCUACAUCGAGAAAGUGCACUACUUGGAACAGCAGAACAAGGAGAUCGAGGCGGAGAUCCAGGCGCUGCGGCAGAAGCAGGCCUCGCACGCCCAGCUGGGUGACGCUUAUGACCAAGAGAUCCGAGAGCUGCGCGCCACGCUCGAGAUGGUGAACCACGAGAAGGCUCAGGUGCAGCUGGACUCGGACCAUCUAGAGGAAGACAUCCACCGGCUCAAGGAGCGCUUCGAGGAGGAGGCGCGGCUGCGCGAUGACACCGAGGCUGCCAUCCGCGCGCUACGCAAAGACAUCGAGGAGUCGUCGAUGGUAAAGGUGGAGCUGGACAAGAAGGUUCAGUCACUGCAGGAUGAGGUGGCCUUCCUGCGGAGCAAUCACGAAGAGGAGGUGGCCGACCUGCUGGCUCAGAUCCAGGCGUCGCACAUCACGGUAGAACGCAAAGACUACCUGAAGACAGACAUCUCCACGGCCCUGAAGGAGAUCCGCUCCCAGCUCGAGUGUCACUCAGACCAGAACAUGCACCAGGCCGAAGAAUGGUUCAAAUGCCGCUACGCUAAGCUCACCGAGGCGGCCGAGCAGAACAAGGAGGCCAUCCGCUCCGCCAAGGAAGAGAUCGCCGAGUACCGGCGCCAGCUGCAGUCCAAGAGCAUCGAGCUCGAGUCGGUGCGUGGCACUAAAGAGUCCCUGGAGCGGCAGCUCAGCGACAUCGAGGAGCGCCACAACCACGACCUCAGCAGCUACCAGGACACCAUCCAGCAGUUGGAAAAUGAGCUUCGGGGAACAAAGUGGGAAAUGGCUCGUCAUUUGAGAGAAUACCAGGAUCUCCUCAACGUCAAGAUGGCCCUGGACAUCGAGAUCGCCGCCUACAGAAAACUCCUGGAGGGUGAAGAGACCAGAUUUAGCACAUUUUCAGGAAGCAUCACCGGGCCUCUAUACACACACCGACAGCCCUCAGUCACAAUAUCCAGUAAGAUUCAGAAGACUAAAGUCGAGGCUCCCAAGCUCAAGGUGCAACACAAAUUUGUGGAGGAGAUAAUCGAGGAAACAAAAGUAGAAGAUGAGAAGUCAGAAAUGGAAGACACUCUCACAGCUAUAGCAGAGGAGUUGGCAGCCUCUGCCAAAGAGGAAAAGGGAGAAGAGGAAGAGGAACAGGAAGCUGAAAAGUCUCCUGUGAAGUCUCCUGAGGCUAAGGAAGAGGAGGAAGGGGAAAAGGAGGAAGAAGAAGGCCAAGAGGAAGAAGAAGAGGAAGAUGAAGGUGCCAAGUCAGACCAGGCAGAAGAGGGAGGAUCUGAGAAGGAAGGCUCCAGUGAAAAAGAAGAAGGUGAACAGGAAGAAGAGGGAGAAACUGAGGCAGAAGGUGAAGGAGAAGAAGUAGAAGCUAAGGAGGAAAAGAAAUCUGAAGAAAAAGUUGAAGAAGUAGCUGUCAAGGAGGAAAUCAAGGUGGAGAAGCCAGAGAAAGCCAAGUCCCCUGUGCCAAAAUCACCAGUCGAAGAGGUAAAGCCAAAACCAGAAACCAAAGUGGGAAAAGGAGAGCAGAAGGAGGAAGAGAAAGUUAAGGAAGAAAAGAAGGAAGUGGUCAAGGAAACGCCCAAGGAAGAGAAGGUGGAAAAAAAGGAGGAGAAGCCAAAAGAUGUGCCAGAGAAGAAGGCUGAGUCCCCAGUGAAAGAGAAAACUGUGGAGGAGGUGAUCACCAUCACCAAGUCGGUAAAGGUGAGCCUGGAGAAAGAUGAGAAGCCUCCACAGCAGGAGAAAGCGAAGGAGAAAGCAGAGGAGGAGGGGGGCAGUGAGGAGGAAGGGAGUGAUCACAGCCCACAGGAAUCCAGGAAGGAAGACAUAGCUAUUAAUGGGGAGGUGGAAGGAAAAGAGGAGGAGCAGGAAACUCAGGAAAAGGGCAGUGGGAGGGAAGAGGAGAAAGGGGUGGUCACUAAUGGGUUAGAUGUGAGCCCAGCGGAAGAAAAGAAAGGGGAUGACAGAAGCGAAGACAAAGUGGUGGUGACCAAGAAGGUAGAAAAAAUCACCAGCGAGGGGGGCGAUGGUGCUACCAAAUACAUCACCAAAUCUGUAACCGUCACUCAAAAGGUCGAAGAGCAUGAGGAGACCUUUGAGGAGAAACUAGUGUCAACUAAAAAGGUAGAAAAAGUCACUUCACAUGCUAUAGUCAAGGAAGUCACCCAGGGUGACUAAGAGUUUGAGUCCAUAGCAAAAGGUUAAGCCAUACGACAAUUUCAAAAUGCAUGUGAUUGACAGCUUCAAAACAGAAUGGGUUCUCCCAUGGGGGCUCCAGACAUUGUAUUUUCCUUUGUGCAAUAGGAGGGAACUGCAUGCAAGCUCAGGGUGCCUCCUCCGCAGUCUUUGGGGGAUUCAAAUGCAUGAUUGUGUAUGUACCUGGGGAAUUUGCCAGUUUCCUAAGCUGUUGGAAGAGGGGCACUGGGGGGAUGUCUUGAGAUGUAUUAUGCAAAGUACCAACUGAGCCAAAAAUAAUAAGUGAAACAGAACUCUCUUAGCCUUAAGAAAGCUAUAUAUGAAUACUUAUGUUUACCUCACUGGUGCAUUUAAAAUGGACUUCUGUUCAUGGGAGAACCUAGCUGACCUGCACAGUUUGCAACCUUAUGUUGAUGGAUGUUAAAUGUCACAUCAGUCCUUGCUCAAUAAAGGUCAUACUGGAAACAUAA